AUGACGCGUGCAGCUUCCUCGGAAUCUUCGAUCGGAUCCAACAUCAUCGUCAGCCCGGGCAAGUCGAAUGAGAGAGGCUCCGAGCAGCCAUCCGCCUCGACACCACCUACCAGCGUCUCCGACAACCACAGUAUGCAGUCUUCAAAAGUUACGGAGGAGAGUGGCAGGCGUUCGCGACGCGCGCGUCGAACCGUAUCCUACCAUGUCAAGGAAUUGUCUGAGAAACAGCUGCCAACAGAAAUGGAUGGCUCUGGCACCGGCUCACGCAAGGCGUCGGGACUCUCCGGGCGCACGCUCGUCAACAGGAAGAAUGACCACGCAGACGAGGAGGACGUAGAGUUCGGCGAGGAAGUGGACAAGGCUCUGAAGCCUGAUUGGGAGAUUCCCGCCGAUUCUCCCAAGGGCAAGCUCCCAGCUAGGCCGACGCGGAAGCCUAGCAUCAGAGACCGCGCUAGAAACGCAGCUGGAAAGAUGACCACGGCUCUCGGAAAGCGAACUCGAGACAUGAUGGAAAAUGGCAAGCGAGCAUUGGGCCUACAGAAGGAGAAGGAGAGUCCACAGAAGAACAAGUUGCUUAAGGAGCUUGAUACGGGCACGAGAGGCGUCCUAGAUGAGAUGGAUCUGGACGAUCCGCCUAUCCUGUCUCCGCGGCCAUCGAAGCGCGCGAAGACGAACGGCAGGGCACCCGCACAGACACUUCCACCAGCCACGGCACCAACUGGGCCUUUGCAGAAGACCUCCGAUGGCAAGAAGGUCAAGAAGUGGCAGAACGAGGGCCUGUAUGUUGGACAAGAAGCGGACUUCGAUACUGCCAAGAAUCCUAAGAAGUUGCAGAAGAAGCGUCCAGCCUCUGCAAUGUCCGAAGCAGAGUCUGGUCCACCUGCCAAGAAGCCAUUCAUGCCUCUGCCUAUGUUCAGCUACCUUGAAAACAAGCGCCCGUUUACGAUUCCGUACGACGUAUUUGCGCCUUCGCUGAAGAAGGGCGACGAGCGGCCGAAAGACUGGCAGAAGCUCAAUCGCAAUCGCCUGAUUGGAGAGGCCAAGGACGUAUGGGAGAAGGAAGAGAGACUCCCGCAAUCCGCUUGCGUCUGCCGGAAGCCGGCGGGAGGUGAGCUGGGAUGUGACUAUGACUGUUUGAACCGCGUCAUGCAGUAUGAGUGCAACGAGGAGAACUGCAACCUCGACCCAUUGCUCUGCAGCAACCGUCCGUUUGCCCAGCUGGGAGAGCGCAUCAAGAAGGGGGGCUCUUUCGACGUCGGCGUGGAAGUGGUCAAGACCGAGAAGCGUGGCUUCGGCAUCCGCGCGUGUCGCUCUUUCGAGCCCGGUCAAAUCAUCAUGGAAUACACCGGCGAGAUCAUCUCAGAGGCCGAGUGCCAGCGCCGUAUGCUCGAGGUCUACAAGGGCAAGCAGAAUUACUAUCUUAUGGAAUUGGAGCGCAACUUGGUCAUCGAUGGAACGAAGGGUAGCAUGGCUCGCUUCAUCAACCAUAGCUGCGAUCCCAACUGCGAGGUGCGCAUGUUGAAGGUCAAUGGCACGCCACGCAUGGCCGUAUUCGCAGGCGAAUCUGGAAUCAUGACCGGCGAAGAACUUACAUACGACUACAACUUUGACAGCUUUGGCGAUUCGCGGCAAGACUGCUACUGUGGCGCGAAGAAUUGCCGGGGAUCUUUGAGCAAGCGUCUCAAUGCUGCCGAGAUGAAGAAGAUGUUGAAGGAGGAGACGGAGAGGAAGCGUAAGGAAGUCGAGGAAGCGCAGAGGAAAGCAGCAGAGGAGGCUAAGAAGAAGGCCGCCAAGGCUGAGCGCCCAAGCGGAUGGGUCGGCUGGCUUGAUCUGAAUGAUCCCGCUAAUUUGGAGCGGAUGAGGGAAGAGAAGCGUCAGAAGGCGGAGGCCGAGAAGAAUUCCUCCCGAGCACAGCGUUUGGCUAGUCGCCGUGGAUCUACGUCUGCGGUGGUGGAGGCACCAAAGGAAGAGAAGGAGAAGGAGAAGAAGACGGCUUCAAAGGAUUCUCCCAAGAAGAAAUCUCCCAAAAAGGAGUCUCCCAAGAAGGAAGCGAAGCCUUCGGGCAAGCGCAGAAAGACCGUGCACACCGUACAGGAGGUGAGAUCGCGAAUCUCUAGCAAGGUUACCAUGGACCCCGAGACUGGAGACGUCUACGUCCACGAGUCGGACGAUUCGGAUAUGGAAGAGCUCGCAGCGCCUCGGACGUCAAAGCAGCUUCGUAGAACGUCGACUGGUUCGCGCUUCACCGAGGACCUCGAACUUGAACAGCGUCCCGCUUCUCGUCCAGGCUCGCGCCACAGCACCCGCGGUAUCAUGAAGCGUACCGCUUUCUCCGUCAAGUCUUCGAUGGAGGUCCAGCGCAACGCGAUUGCUGAGGACGAGACGAUGCCGCUCGUCAGCUCCGCUCUGGCCGAGCAGUUGAACGGCGGUGAGGGCAGGAGCAUGAGCAAAGUUACUGGUGGCCGCAGCAAGGGCAAGCAGCGCGCUAGCUUUGUCGAGGAAGAUGUUGACGCAAAUGCAGGGGCUGAAGAAGACGAAGACGCGGAAGAAGGCGAAGAGCCAGCGUCGAAGCGCAAGUCCCUCCUCGAGACCGUCACGAAUGCCGUUAAGAACGGUCGUCAGAGGGCUCUUGGUCGGGCUAACAGCACUGGUGGCGGAAAGUUGAGGCAGAGUACGUUGAACUUCCCCCGGGUCUCCUAA